UGGCGUACUCAAUUGUGACUAUUGAUUUCACCCAAAAUCUAACAACCGACCCUAUAGUGCCCCAGCUACUCGUGGUUCCUUGGGGGAAAAAGAACGGAAUCAUGUCAGCCAAAGAAUCAUUUCAACAAUUGGUCCAACCGUAUUUUGAGAAAGGUCUCAAGUCAGCUCUUUUGACGGAUCGAGAAGGAGUGGUGAUUUUAGAAUAUGUAUCACCCGAGGCUCCUGCUGGCGUCACUGACCCAUCAUUAUCAACUGCAUUUUCCAUUGCUAAUAAUCAGGCUUCAAAAAUGGGAUUGAAGAGAAACAAAUCCAUCAUAGGCAUCUAUGGAUUACAUCAAGUCAUACAAAUAGAUUGUUAUCCAUUGAUCAUCUCACUUGUGGCCGAUGCAACAGCUAAUACAGGUCUCUUUCUAGAUUUUGGUGAUGAGUUACAAAAGAUGGUAGAACCAAUGGUCGCAGCGUUACAAGACAAGCAUUGAAAAAGGACUCGCAUCCGUCGGGCACGCAUCAUGGACCAAAAAAAAUCGACCCACGUUACUCAACACUGGCUGUGCAUGCAUAUGCUUCCACUCGUUUGCGUAUAUUUUACGACGGGGAGACUUCUACAGCUGCUAUCUCGCU